CCACUAUGCCCCUCGAAGCGUUCGCGAGCGGAGUCACCGCUACCGAUCCCGUCUGUACGACUCCUCAUUAUGUCUGACACACAUGGUGCAGAGCUACCAUCUUCACUGCCAGAAUGCGACGUACUCCUGCAUUGUGGCGACCUGACCGAAGAUGGAUCACCGGAUAGUAUAUCUGCUUCACUCCAAGAGUUAGGGAAAGUGAAGGCAGAACUCAAGCUUGUAAUUGCUGGAAAUCACGACAUAGCCCUGGACAAGGCAUACUACCUGUCCGAAGGUGGAUCGAAAGCCGAUGUUGAAAAAGCGCAAGCACUGGUCUCCCCCGAUCAGGUUUCCGAAGCCAGCAAGCUCGGAAUCACGUUCCUCUCUGAAGGCACUCACACCUUCACUAUUUCCUCUGGCGCUAGCUUUACCGUAUAUGCGUCACCAUAUACACCAGCAUACGGAGCUUCGGGCUUCCAAUACAGUACCGACGAAGACCGAUACAAUCCUUCCGCCAUUUCGCCAUUGUGGGCAAAGAAUGUCGGUACCGAAACAUCGAUCAUCCCCGCUGGUACUGAUAUUGUCAUGACCCACGGCCCACCAAAAUACGUUCUGGACUCCACAGCUGAUGGACAGAGUGCGGGGUGUGAGCACUUACGUCGAGCCAUAGAGAGGGUCAAGCCAAAGCUCCACUGCUUCGGGCACAUACAUGGGGGUUACGGCGCACAGAGGCUCGAGUUCGACAAUUCGAAGACUCGAGGAGACUCGGACUCGAUUGUUCCGCUCGCGAAAGAAUGGGUAGGUAAGAACCAGGCCAAGCGGAAGGGGUUUGCCAGCCUGCCUCCAGGUUCUGCCGAGGAGUUUCGAGGCGGAAAACAGACGCUGUGUAUCAAUGCAGCGAUGGAGGGUGAAGAGGGGCGUUUGGAGAAUGCACCCUGGUUUGUCGAAGUACAGUUGCCU